CGCGCCUCCCUCUCUCUCAUACACACUGAACACCGCUGGAUCUCGCAGAGGAAGCGCGAGCGCGGGAGGAUGAGGAGCAUGAUGAGGAGCAGGAGGAUGAUGACGAUGAUGAUGAUGAUGGGUGCAGGACCCUGCCGUCUGCUGUUUGUAGCGCUGUUCCUCGGAGCCAGGAUCCAGCACACAGAAGGCUUACAGUGCCACUGUCACCGGUGUCCGAACCACACGUGUGUCACGGACGGCCUGUGUUACGUGUCCAUCACUAAAUCCGGCGGAGAGACCACGCAGCAGACCUCGUGCAUCAGUGAGAACGAGCUGAUCCCUCGAGACCGGCCCUUCGUCUGCGCACCCUCCACCAAACAGGACACCGGCAUCUACCCCAUGUGCUGCGACACCGACUGGUGCAACAAGAACCCCGACCUCACCUUGUUCCCAGUGCCCACACAGAAGCCGCCGGCGUUGGGGCCCGUAGCGUUCGCGGCUCUGAUCGCGGGGCCCGUGUGUGUGGUGUGCUUCCUGAUGGUCACCGUCUUCUACAUCUGCCACAGCCGCUCGCUCAUCCACCAGCGCGUGCCUAACGAGGAAGACCCCUCCAUGGACCACCCCUUCAUCACCGUCGGGACCACACUCAAAGACCUGAUCUACGACAUGACCACGUCUGGCUCCGGCUCCGGGCUCCCUCUGCUGGUGCAGCGGACCAUCGCCAGGACCAUCAUCCUGCAGGAGAGCAUUGGGAAGGGCCGUUUCGGGGAGGUGUGGAGGGGCAAGUGGAGAGGAGAGGAGGUGGCCGUCAAGAUCUUCUCGUCCAGAGAGGAGCGCUCCUGGUUCAGAGAGGCUGAGAUCUAUCAGACCGUGAUGCUGCGGCACGAGAACAUCCUCGGCUUCAUCGCUGCAGACAACAAAGAUAACGGCACGUGGACGCAGCUGUGGCUGGUGUCAGACUACCACGAGCACGGCUCUCUGUUCGACUAUCUGAACCGCUACACGGUGACGGUGGAGGGCAUGAUCAAGCUGUCUCUGUCCACGGCCAGCGGUCUGGCACACCUGCACAUGGAGAUCGUGGGAACACAAGGCAAGCCUGCUAUCGCUCACAGGGAUCUGAAGUCCAAGAACAUCCUGGUGAAGAAGAACGGCACGUGCUGCAUCGCAGACCUGGGUCUGGCCGUACGUCACGACUCUGCCACCGACACCAUCGACAUCGCUCCCAACCACAGAGUGGGCACCAAACGGUACAUGGCCCCAGAAGUGCUUGACGAUUCAAUAAACAUGAAGCAUUUUGAGUCUUUCAAGAGGGCAGACAUCUAUGCCAUGGGGCUGGUCUUCUGGGAGAUUGCCAGCAGAUGUUCUAUUGGAGGCAUUCACGAGGACUACCAGCUGCCGUACCAUGACCUGGUGCAGUCGGACCCGUCGGUGGAGGAGAUGAGGAGAGUCGUGUGUGAACAGAAGCUACGGCCCAACAUCCCAAACAGAUGGCAGAGCUGUGAGGCUCUGCGUGUGAUGGCGAAGAUCAUGAGGGAGUGCUGGUAUGCUAACGGAGCGGCCCGUCUCACUGCUCUGCGCAUCAAGAAGACACUGUCCCAGCUCAGCCAGCAGGAGGGCAUCAAGAUGUAGAGCGCCACAGUUUCCCAUCAUCCUUCAGAACCGCAUCACACUCCGUCUUCAAGAGAGGACGCCGCACUUUCACAGACGUCUGCGUCUCGCUCUCAAGCACGGACUCCUGAGGAUGAUGGGCCGUCGUCAAACACAAGGACUCUUUAUUAUUUAUAACAGGUUUGGUUUUUCUCCAAUGGAGGUUUGGCUGAUUCGACCUCGUGUUUAGUUUCCGCUCAUCGCUGCAGUUCUUCAGGUCGGCAUGACUUUAAAAACAUGCAUUCUGUGUUUGCAAAAACAAACCUGGACAUGACCUCAUUCAGUCCUGGCGAACAUGCUGUGACAUAUGCAAUAUAGAUGAAACCUUUCGACGUUAUUUUUUUACUGCUCUGCUACAACUACGAUGACAACCAUGCCUUCCAAGCCAGGUGUAACCAGAAAGUGCCACUGCUUUGAACCAACCAACCCUCACGAGAGCGUUCUUCAUCCUGUCUUCAUCCUCUCACUGAUGCAGCACAACUCUCAGACCUCUUCAUUCACAGCUGCUUACACAGAGCUGAAACAAACACUCAAACUUACUGAAUGUUGCCCAAACGUAUGAUUAGAGAUGAGGUGCGCUAAUAGAGAACACGGAUAUCUACUAAGCCAUAGGUUUUCCAACAUAUUGUGGCAACUUUUUCUAAUAGAAUGUAAAUGAGAAGAAAAAUCGAGGACUGCUUUGAAACUCUUUGGAGCGAGUCUUAGGGGACCAACGUGGAGCUGACUGUAAUAACCGUCUGUCUUCAGGACCGAGCGUACGAUGUAGCUGCAGUCGUGUGUGUGGACGGAUGAAGAGCCAAACUCAACUGCUUUCUGGUGCUUAUUUAGGCCUGCAACUUGAGAUUCUUAUUUAUCUAAAUCCAUGCGUUUGACACUUUUCCUCUGGUGAGUUCUCCGUCAUCUUUAUAGUCAGUCGUGGAAGGAAUCUUCACAGAUCGAUGCAAGUCAAGCUCCGUCGACAGCAUUUGUGUCCUGAUGCUAAUUAGCACUAAAUAAAACAUGUAGAAAAAUUACAAAUCUAAAAUCAGGUUUACAGUGAUGCAUUCACAAUGGAAAC